AUGUGUACAUGCCGAUAUGAUAAAAUUGAUACACAUUCUUAUGAUCGUUUUACCUAUGUUUCCAGGGAAGGAAACGUCCUAAAAUCCAGGGUUCAUGUUGUGAAGUCCAAGCCUAGACGGACUUAUCCUGAGCGAUCCUAUCCUGAGAGAUACUAUCCACAAAGAACCUAUCCGGAGAGAAGGCCUGUUGGGAGACCGACUAACGCAUCCAAGCAAAAGACGGUGCAGUGCGAGAAGUGCCACCUUGAUUUCAACACCUUGGCACUGUUGCAUGCUCACAAACAGAGGAGGCACCCAAAGGUCCGAGUGCCUCUGACCUGCCACAAGGACAAUUGCGGUCAAAAGUUCCAGUACUUGAAAGGCCUGAAGGCCCAUCUGUUACGUAAACACCCUCACACAACCACAGAGGCAAUUAUGCCACUUGCGGCUACGUCCCAGAAGGCGACUAUGCCAACUGCUGCAGCCACAACAGAGGCAGUUAUGCCGAUUCCAGUUGCCAGUAAUUCACCGGUGUUGGAGCAUCCAAGCCUGAGUCCCCUUCAGUCUCCCGCGAGACUGGACUUCGGGUUUGAAGAGGACGACCUGACAGCCAUAAACCCACAGGAGAUCCUCUCAAUCGUGCAGGAUGAGAGGCGUGUUGUACUUACCAAUCACAGCCAAGAGGGGGCCGGGACCAUGCCCCGAGUUGCCAUCAUCCCAGACCAGAGGGCAGCUCUGGGACUGUUGGACCCCGCCCUUGAGGCAGAACUAGACAAUGUCCUAGAUGAAAUAAAAGCCGCAGAGGAGGCGUCUGAAGUCGUCGCACCCAGGGUUGCCGUUGCGACAGACCAGAGGGCGGCCCUGGGAGAGCUAGACCCAGCCCUCCAAAGCCUAAUGAAAGCCAUGCAAGAAAUCCCUGAAGGGAUUGCGGACUCCCCAGCUGAGCCCGAGGAGGUGUUCACCCAACCCGAACGUCCAACAUGGAAGGUCAUUCCCCUGGAGCGCUCUACCCCACUCAGAGCAGGGGAACAGUUCCAACUAGAUCCUCGAUUGUUUGGCCUGGGGGCGCCCUCUGCCCAAGGUCAUCUCAAUACAAAUACCUCCAGAGAAAUGGCCAAAAUCCGGCUCACAGCUAUGCAGCAGCCUAACCGUAGGGUGGACCUUGUCCCCGGGGUCUCCCGCCAGGAAUCCGUGACCUUCAAAAAUGGAGAAAUAGAAAUAACCUGGAGAUUGAGUUCAAAGGUUAUCCCUGAGACUCAGCUUAUAAACACCCCUGCAGACACCCGGAGCAGGGGUAUCCAGUGCAACAUGAUGAGGGAAAGAACCAAACAAAUACUCACAAGUGUGUUUGGUAAACCUAAUGAACAUUGA